AUAGUACGUGUAAGUUCUAGUUCGCUAAGAAAUGACAAUAGGUUGUAAAACGUGUGCAUAUUCAGGAUAAAGUAAUUUUUAUAAUACUAUGAAUAAAUAAAGCUGUCAUAAAAUAAAAUAUGGAUUUAGAUACUGAGAAAGUAAUAAAUCUUGUAUUUCCUGAAGGAAUACCAGAACCAUGGAAGGAAAAUUCAGACUUUGGUCAAUAUCUGUCAAAACUUGGUGGAUUUGAUGUUGAUCAAUUAACAAAAGAACCUGAUCAUUUAUUAGAUGAAAGAAAGUCAGUAUUAGAAACUACUCAAGAAUUGGUAUUUGGAAAUUAUAAAACUUUUAUACAAACUGCAGAGAGUUCUAGAGAAAUAUUUAAGGAGUUUAAUGAGACCGAAAUACGUCUCGAUAGGCUGGUGCAAAAAAUUCCAGAAUUUGUGGAAAAGUGCCAAACAUUUUGUGAUACUUCUAAAGAUAUCAGUACACGUAGAAGAAUAAAUAGUUUAACUUUAACGAGAAAUGCUGAAUUACUCGAGGUAUUAGAGAUGCCACAAUUAAUGGAAUCUUGUUUAAGAAGUAAUCAAUAUAAUGAAGCAUUAGAACUUUCUCAAUAUGCACGCCAGUUAGGGGCUAAGCAUGGUGAUAUUCCAAUUAUAGCAUCUAUAGUAGCAGAAAUUGAAAGUAGUUGGUCUGGAAUGGUUGGACAAGUUGUUGGAUCACUUAGAGGAGAUUUGCCGCUUCCAAGAUGUUUGCAACUAGUAGGACUUUUACGUUCCAUGGAUGCUUUUACAGAACCUGAGCUUCGUAUAAAAUUUCUUCAAGCACGCGAUAGUUGGUUGCAAAGUCUUUUGAAUGCUAUUCCAAAAGAAGAUUCUAAUCUUCAUAUAACGAAGACUAUAGAGUUAUCUAGGAUACAUUUGUUUAAUAUUAUAACUCAAUAUAGGGCUAUGUUCAACGAUGAUGAACUAAUAAUGCCUGGUAGAGAUCCAAAUGUAAAUGAAUCGGCUAUAUUUUAUCAUUGGUUAGAUGAAAAGAUAACACAGUUCCUUACAACAUUAGAACAAGAUUUACCAGGUGUAACAUCUAUAGAUUCCAUUUUGGGUCAAUGUACAUAUUUUGGUUUAUCGUUUGGAAGAGUAGGUGCUGAUUUUACAGGACGAAUGUCUGAUAUAUUUGCAAGAGUAAUAGGAGACAGAUUUGAAUUAGCUAUUAGAAGAACAACAAGAAAAUUUGAAAAAGAUAUGGAGACAUUUACAUUAAUUAAUAAACCACAAAGAAAUGAUAUUAAGUCUGAAACUGCAGUUAAAUCUGAAAUUCCACCAGAACAACUUGUAGAAUUUUAUCCAUUAGCUGAAUAUUGUAAUGGAUUACUUUCUGCAUUUAACGAACUCAGAUUAUGUGCACCAGUUGCAGUGUCCACUAUGUGCACUAAACUUUUACAAGAAUCACUCCAUUCUGUAGCUAAAGCGAUGUUAAUUUUUUAUAAACAAGAACAACAGGCGUUUGCUACUAUAGAGCGAGAUAAUAUGAUUAAAUUUGCAGAAUGCUUAAGCGAAUAUUUAAUUCCUUACGUACAGUAUUGUAUACAUGCUAUCUUUCCAUCAAAUCAAGUGUCAAUGCAUUUAGGAAUUUCAGAAAUCGUACUACAGCAAGAGGGCAUUACAUAUUUGGAUUAUAAAAGUAUAUUAGAGCCCAUACUGUUUUUACUACCACCUACUGCAAGUUUAAAAGCUUCUAUUGUAUCUAAACUACCUUUGCCUACUGCGCAAAAUAUUUUAAGCCCUGAUAAAAUUUCUACAAAUUCUGAAAAUUCAAUGGAAAAAAUUGUUACUACGUCAAUCCAAAAGAUAGAAAUAACUGAAACUAAGGAAAUAAUAGAGAAUAAUGUCAAAGAAGAAAAAUGUAACAUAAAAAAUGAAGAAUCUACCGAAGGAGAUAUUAAACAAAUUUCAACGCAAUCAACAGAAAACAUUUUGACAUCUAUAAAUCCUGAUAGUUCUAAAUCAGAAUAAAUCAUUGUAAAUUUAAGAAAGAAGUGAAUUAUGUGCUAUUUUGUGCUUAAAUGAUAUAAAUGAAAUAAAUCACAUUUUUAUUUAUA